CAGUCAUCGAUGGUGUGAAUACGGCUGGAACCGCAAUGAGAGAGACGACAAGCCUCGUCGAAGGCAAUGAAGGGGGAAAGGUGGUGGAACUCGUGGUUGCGCUCGAUUGUGCGCUGUUUAGUUGUUUCCGUGCGGCUCUUAGGCGCGGUCCACGGAAGCCAGUGCCCGGGGAUCGGAUGGGAAUUCCGUUAGGCUUAGCUCUAGCGCAUUGAUACCCGCGGACGCGGUAGCAUCUGCCUCGUCAAAUUCUAUAUCCACUUCGUAUCCUCUCUGUUAUGGAAAGAAAAGAUAUCCGUACCAGAUCUAUAGAUGAGUCAAUCUGGCGCGAUCUCUCCAAAGAUACCUUCCGACAACAUUUAGUCAACCUUGAAGAGACGACCAACGCGGUCCCUAUCGCUCCUCAAUACUUCAGCGCCGCAGACUGGCUUCCUGCAUCUCCACAUGAUCCGAACACGAAGUACAGCUUACCACUCGUUGUCGAACAACGUCUUGCCGAUGAUUUUGCUUCCCUUGUAGCUGUCGAUGAAGGUGCACAAAGCGUGGCUGCUGUUUGUAUCGAGCAGCAUCUUGGCCCGCCAAGUCUCACACUGCGAUUCGCCGCAUUGGACAUCUCGCUGAACAACGAGACUAAGACUGCAUUGGAAGGAUGGUCAUCUAUUCUGUCAACGGUAGAUGCUGAUCGGGAGGAGAAUGGCUCAAAUGCUAUGAAAGUACUAUAUCACAGUAUUGUUCGCUUGCAUCGCCGACGUCUCCUUGCACGACUACGCUCCUCUCAUUGGGAGAAACCGAAGUAUCUGUCCAAGAGUCACAAAAAACCUUUGUUGAAGGAUAUAGAUAAUCUUAUCCACCGUGCACAAUUUUCACACACCAGAAAGGAGGCCGAGUCAAGAUUGCAGGUGGAGAAGCACUUGAGAGAUCUGGUGUCUACCUACCAAGCUUUUGAAAACAUAUCCGGGAAUCAUCUGGAAGAUUUGUACUCCCUCGUGGCGGCCAGUUUCGAAUUUUGCUCGACCGCUUCAAUUCAGGAUUUUCUUGUACGUUUGGAAGACAGUAUUGGAUCAACACCAACACCGCAAGUUGCAUCAGCCAUCAAAUCCCUCCGACAAAUCCAGAAGAUUGCAUCAUAUCGCCGAAUCCCAAUAUCCUUAGUCAGUAUCGCCACGCGAUAUCCUCAAAUGUUCACCCACGGCCUCAGCAUGGCCUACCUACCACCAUAUCAAAGCAUCCCAACUCUCAUCGGCUACGAAUCCUGGGCCCGAACGCUCCAUGUCCAUGCCGAAGUCCAGUUGGCACUUCAUUAGACCUCUUCACCCAAGAGAGCACCCAUAAAGCAGUAUUCUUACCGCCAAGAGCUAUCGGCAUAUCGAAAUCUCUCUGUUAUCUUUGCUAUAGAUUCUUGCUAUCACACGGUGGCUUCUUUCCGUCGAGAACCCAUGGGAGACUGUAUGAUCAGUGGACCGUGCCUGAUCUGGUAGAGUUUGGUGAACCGCUGGCAGAGCAAAUGAGGAGGAUCGUGAGGGAGGUUGAUGAUGAAGUUGUGAGACAUACGGUGGAGGUUAUCAAUGAGGAGAGUGUCGAGCGUAUGGUUAACCAGCUC